AUGGCAGACAACGUGAGUACAGCAAUUGGCCUUUUCCAAUUUGCCAUCGACACACUAGGCUACAUCCAACUCGCUCGAGAAUUCAAAGACGACUUUGAAACGCAUCAGCUAAAGCUCGAUAUCAUCCAACUGCGACUUUCCCGCUGGGGUGAAAUAGCCAAUAUAACUCAGAUCGACAAUCUCAGCAAGAGCCCCAAUGAAGAUCCGAGCAACCUCGCUUCUAUAAUGCGCAUACUUGAGGAAAUCCACGAUCGUCUAUGCAAAGCACGACGAGAAGCCGAAAAAGUGCAGAAAAAACUCGAUGGAAAUAGUGCAUCGACACUUGAUCCAGAAGCAUGCAUCCCUCAAGAUUUGGCGAAAACUCGAGCCCGAUUUAAGAAUUUUCUCAAUAAGCGUAAAACUCAGAUAACGAAAGCGCACGAGGGCCUCAAAUGGGUAUUCUACAAAAAAGAACAUUUCGAUAAAUUUGUAGCGAACAUCUCUGAGUUGAUUGAUGGACUUGAGAGUAUCAUGCCCGAGGGAGAACGCGAGAAGUUGCGCUCGCUGAGUAAUGAGGAGUGCAAGGGGAUUAGCAAGGCGAAUUUGGAAGAUCUGAAAGAUAUUGUUGAGGGAUCUGGAUGUGAUCCGUGGCUUGAGAGCUCGGUGGAGGAGGAGUUGAAUGGGAGGGUAGUUGGGACGGUUAUUAAUCAGUCGGGGAACACGGGGAGCACGGUGGGAAUUCACAAUGGGGAUAAUAAGGGGAUAAGUUAUGGUGCUAAGAGUAGGCAGAACAAUACUUUUAAUUAG